AUGAUCUGGUUGAUAUUUCUUCUUUUCAGAGAAUUUUCACUCGCUGGUCAAAAUGGAGUCGAUCCUGCUGCAGGCUUCAGAUUUAAAAAGUUAAACGACACGGUUCUCAAAUGUCCAAAAGAAGCGACAAAUGUGGAACCGUUUUUGUACGAAGGAUACGACUACGCUUUCGUUGAAGGAGUCGAUAUCGCGCCAUACAACAUUCCAACAUUUGAUCGGCAGUGGAGAAAAGGACUUACUUGCUAUUAUGCGUCGAGCUUUCUGACAACUAAUCAACAUCACAAAGCAGUUUGCGAAGAAGAAAAAAGCUUGGAAAUAAUCAAUUAUCGAGAUCUCGAUACAGACAGGGCUCAAAUCAAUUAG